CACAAGCUGUGGACCACGUUACAUUGUCAGCGGUAAAUACCAUUGGAGCACGAAGUUGCGUUCUUUUCACGUGCUGCCGAGUCCAACAUGGCGCACUAUAAUUUCAAGAAAAUAACCGUGGUUCCCACGGCCAAGGACUUCAUUGAUAUCGUAUUGUCGAAAACACAGCGGAAGACUCCGACUGUAGUUCACAAGGGAUAUAAGAUAAGCCGGAUUCGUCAAUUUUAUCUGAGAAAAAUAAAGUACACACAGCAAAAUUACCAUGACAAACUCUCUCAGAUCAUCACUGAUUUCCCAAGACUUGAGGAUGUACACCCAUUCUAUGCCGACCUGAUGAAUGUCCUGUAUGAUAAAGACCACUACAAAUUGGCAUUAGGGCAAAUCAACACGGCCAGAAAUCUCAUUGACAAUGUGGCCAAGGACUAUGCCAGGUUAAUGAAGUAUGGGGAUUCCCUAUUCAGAUGUAAACAGCUCAAAAGGGCUGCUCUCGGAAGGAUGUGUACCAUAAUGAAGCGACAGAAUCAAAGUCUGCAGUACCUAGAACAAGUGCGACAGCAUUUGUCUCGAUUGCCGUCAAUUGACCCAAAUACCCGCACCCUCUUGGUCUGUGGGUUUCCAAAUGUCGGGAAAUCUAGCUUUAUGAAUAAGGUUACUCGGGCAGAUGUGGAUGUCCAGCCAUAUGCAUUUACUACUAAGUCAUUGUUUGUGGGUCACAUGGAUUACAAGUACCUUCGAUGGCAGGUUGUGGAUACUCCUGGAGUUCUUGAUCAUCCUCUUGAAGAAAGAAACACAAUUGAGAUGCAGGCUAUAACAGCACUUGCGCAUCUGCGAUCUGCCGUCCUCUACGUCACAGACAUCUCAGAACAAUGUGGACACACCCUAGAACAGCAGGUCGAACUCUUCAAUAACAUCAAGCCACUCUUUUCAAACAAGCCACUUAUUGUUGUCCUGAAUAAGAUUGAUGUGAUACGCCCUGAAGAUCUAAGUGAAGAGCGGAAAGAACUGUUGAAGGGAUUUGAGCAGGAAGGUGUGACAAUCCUGCCGAUGAGUACAUUCUCUGAGGAGGGAGUCAUGGAUGUUAGAAACACUGCCUGUGACCUCCUCCUUGCCCAGCGUGUAGAGGUCAAAAUGAAGAGCAAAAAAGUCAACGACAUUGUCAACAGGCUUCAUGUAGCCAUGCCUACAGCUCGAGACAACAAGUCACGACCACCGUGCAUCCCACAGGCUGUCCUGGAGAAGAAAAAGGCGAUGGAGGUGGAAGGUUCAAAGACCAGAAAGCUUGCAGUGGAUGUUGAGCGUGAGCUGGGAGAGGACUACUAUUUGGAUCUACGACAGCAGUGGGAUCUCAAGAACAAAGAGGAGAAGGGUGACGUCAUCCCGGAGAUAUUCUUAGGCAAGAACAUUGCAGAUUACAUAGAUCCUGACAUCAUGAAGAAAUUAGAAGAACUGGAAAAAGAAGAAGAGCUUCGGGAAGCAGCAGGAGUUUAUGAAUCUGAAUCUGAAGAAGAACUGGAUUCUGAGGGAGAAGAAAUCAAGAACAAGGCGGCAGAGAUUCGAGAAAAGAGAAAGCUGAUUGUCAAACAACACCGUGAGAGCAAAGGAACCAACAGACCUAUUAUUCCUAGGAAGGCUCUUGCCAAGGCUGAGACUGCGCGUAACAAGCGUUCAGCUGGAGUUAUUGACUCUGACAAGAAGAUGGAUAUUGACGAAGAUCAGGAUGAACCCAUGACUGGCAGAAAGCGCUCUCGCUCCCAGACCCCAGCUAAUGCCAAAAGGCGUAGAUCCAACACAGCCAGUGUCACACCACGCAGCCAGUCACGUGUUCCACGUGAUCAGUCCGGACUCUCAAACCCCGAGAAAAAGCAAAAGGCAAAGACGCUCGCCAAAACUGUUCAGAGGAAAAUGAAUCGCAUGGGGAAAGCUGGUGAGGCAGACCGCAUGAUCAGGACUAAGAUGCCGAAACAUCUUUUCAGUGGAAAACGGAAAGGAGGCAAAACAAGCCGACGAUAAAAUAUUCGGUCACUGUUUUAACACAGAUAGAAAUGCAACCUUAUGCUUGUAUUCUUGGGUUAAAUUUAGAAAAAAAUUAAAAUGGGAAGUCACAUUUGGCAAA